AUGUUAUCCAGGCUAAACCCAUUUGUAAGAGGCAAAAGAUUUACCAGCUUGCUGAAGACUGCUAGAGCAACUUUCUCGGUAAAGAACCAAGCUAAGCUUGCCCAGAAAUUGGUGCAUAUCCCACACAGAAAGAUGGGCCAGAUGGAGACUGCUGAAGCUUCUCAGAAGCACGAGGCUAAAGAUUUGAUCAAGGAUACUCCAAGAGGUCUUCAGAGGAGACCAUAUGACCUCAAGGUUGGGGAUACUAUUCAUGGAUUCACUGUAAAAUCUGUUGAAGAUAUCACAGAUUUCAACAUCAAGGCAUUUACAUUAGAGCAUGAUGAGACAGGAGCCAAAUAUUUGCAUCUUGAUUCUGCAGAUCUUGAAAACGUAUUCAUGGUGAGAUUCAAGACUUUCCCAAAUGAUAGCACUGGAAUUCCUCAUAUUUUGGAGCAUCUUUCUCUGUGCGGUUCUAAAAAUUUCCCAGUCAGAGAUCCAUUCUUCAAGAUGAUCAAGAGAUCAUUGAACACUUUUAUGAAUGCCUGGACUGGUAGCGACUUCACAGGAUAUCCUUUCUCCACUUGUAACGAGAAGGACUUCGACAACUUGCUUAGAGUAUACUUGGAUGCAUGUUUCUUCCCAAAUCUUAAAAGAACAGAUUUCAACCAAGAAGGCUACAGAUAUGAAUUCGAAGAGCCAGGAAAUCCAGAUUCUGCCCUUCAAAUCAAAGGAGUUGUCUACAAUGAGAUGAAAGGUGUUAUGAGUAACGCUGACAGGCUCUUCCUCCACAAACUUAGCGAGCAUAUGUUUGAAAAAUCCUGUUAUCACCAUAACAGUGGAGGCGAUCCUAAUGAUAUCCCUCUUUUAAAGUACGAGACACUGAAAAAAUUCCACGAGGAUAAUUAUCAUCCCUCUAACUCCUACUUCAUGACUUAUGGAGAUCUUGAUUUUACCAAUAAUCUUGAGUACCUCAAUAGAAAUGUAUUCACCCAUUUCGAGAGAAAUGAGCAAAAUCAGAAGAUUGAGCUUGAGGAUAGGAGAACCUCCCCAAAAGUGAAAACUGAAUAUUUCAUGCCAGAACUUGUAAGUGAUGCUGAGACUCAAGGAAAACUUGGAAUCUCUUACCUCUGUAAUGAAGUCAAUAAAGAUAACUACGAAACUUUCUGCUUAUAUAUCAUGUCAAGCCUCUUCUUCGAUGGACCAGACACUCCAUUUUAUCAGAGUAUUAUUGAAAGCGGACUUGCUCCAGCUUUCUGCCCAGGUGUUGGAUAUGAUACUUCAACCAAGGAGGGAACCUUCACUUUUGGGGUCUCAAACAUUACUCCAUCCAAUGAAAACAUCAGGAAGAUCCAAAAAGCAAUCGAUGAGACUAUUUUACAAAUUUAUGAAGAGGGUAUCCCAGAGGAUAAAUUUGAAGCCCAGUUGCAUCAAGUUGAGCUUCAAGUGAAGAGAACAAGACAGCAUUGGGGGCUAGGUACUAUUUCAAAUAUGCUUAGCUACACUGUUCAUGAUAAAGAUCCUCUCGCUGUAUUCAAGCUGAACCAAUAUCUUGAAAGAAUUAGGAAGGAUUUCAAAGAGGGACUGUUCAGAGACUUGAUGAGCAAGUAUUUGAUCAAGAACAAGCAUAAGAUCACUCUUCACUUCUUACCAGAUCCAACAAUAGCAGAAAAAGAACAACUCAAAGAGUCACUUCUCUUGGAAGGUAUUGCAAAGAACCUGUCCAAAAGUGAUAAAGAAAGGCUUAUUAAAGAAGCAGCUGAGCUGAAAGAAGACCAAGAGGCACUUCAAGAUAUUGAGAAGCUUCCAGGACUCACUCUUGAUGAUAUCUCUCCAACUAUUGAGUAUGUUGAUUUCAAUCAAUCAAAAAUUGGAGAAGCUCCUGUAUUCUGGUUUGAACAGCCAACAAAUGGAAUAACUCAUGUUAGAGCUAAAUUUAACAUUUCUCAUCUUCCUGAAGAGCUUAAACCCCUCUUGCCAGCUUUCUGUAAAUUCUUCACUGAGGUUGGAACCAAGAAUUAUGACUAUAAGAAAUUCCAUACUUUGAUGCAAGCAACUACAGGAGGAUUAGGGCUCCAAGCAGAUGGAUUCAGUCUUUCAGCAGAUCUGGAUGAUUCUCAUGAGCAUAUUGUAGUCUCUCUUUGCUUCCUUGACAGAAAUGCUGAUAAAGCAAUGACGUACUUCUCAGAAAUAUUAGCAACUCCAAAUUUUGACAAUAAAUCCCAGCUUUCAGAUCUGAUUAAGAAUUCAAGUGUUGAAGUAGCCAAUAAUAUUGGGAACAACUCUUUAGACUACGGACUCUCCUUUGCUUCAUCAGGGUUGAAGAAAUAUGCAAGAAACAUGGAGAAGCUCAAAGCAGACUUAUUCUUCUGCCAGCUUGGCGCUGAAGUAUUGAGCACUUCAAGCCCAAAAGGCAUCUAUGAAGACCUCAUCUACAACCUCACAGAUCUUGCCUCUUACAUCAUAAGAGAAGAGAAUGUUUCCUUCGCCGUUACAGGAGAUAAGAAGAAAUUUAGCUUUGUUGAGAUGAAACUCCAGAUGGUUAUGAAUGCUAUUUUCAAUGAAAACUCCAGAGCUAGAGAAAAGCUCAACCAUACAUUUGUUACAGAUCAAGGAAAAUUUGAGCCAAUUUACUACCAAAACUUCUUCGAGACUCCUUUGAAGGUGAACAACUGUGUCGAGUCCUUCGUCGGGCCAGGAUAUUACUCUGAUGUUUAUGCCCAUUCUUUAAUUUUGGGCAGCCUUUUGACCCAUGAAUUCUUCCUUCCAAACAUCAGAGAGAAAGGAGGUGCAUAUGGUGCUGGAGCAUCAGCAAAUGAAAGUGGAACCUUCAACUUUUACUCAUUCUGGGAUCCAAAAUUGGAAGAAACAUAUGAGAACUUUGAGAGAGGACUCCAAGCUGUAUGUGACGGAAAUUUCUCUGAGAAACAGCUAGAUCAAGCUAAGCUUGUAACCUUCCAGAAAUUAGACAAGGUUCUUGAGCCAUCUUUAAAGGGAAUGGUAAAGUUUACUAGAGGAUACACUGAUGAGCAGUUGAUUAAUCACAGAAAUCUUGCCCUAAAUUGCACUAGGGGAGACAUCCAGCAUAUUGCCGAAGCGGUGAUUAUGCCACAACUUGAGAAAGGAGAAUCUUCAAGAGUUGUAUUUGGAGCUCAAAGUGACUCAAAUGAAGGCUUAAAGACCCAAGGUUGGAAGAUCGAGAAGCCACUUGAAUUCCUCUCAAGCAGCUAUUUUGAUAAAUACAAGCAAUCUUAAAGAUUUAAAGUCUCUUUCAACAUA